CGUGUCCGAAAAUUCACUAUUUGUUUGCAUUUUGCACUUUUAUACUGUGCAUUGGCAAUAUCUAUUGUUUCCUUAAAAAGUUAUUGUAUAUACCUACCUGUCUCCCAUGUCUGAAAUUUCGGAUACUGCAUCUUUACAGACUUCGACCAUUUCGGAAGCUCCAGUUUCCAGAGAACAGGACAGUCAUGUCCGAUCCGCCGCAUCGCCAUCUACUGCACAACAGCCAUCGCCUAUCGUGGACGGCGAAGGUCCAGAAGACGGUCCCCUUUUUCGAGCGACCAUUAACCAGCUUGAGAAACGUACCAGCACCCUUAAAGCGUACAUCAAAAAGAUUAUCAAAGCGGCUACGUCGUCAUUGGAAGCCAGACGAACAUUGUUGGAAACAGAUAGCUUGUUCAUCCAAGUCUUACGAGAGACACCGUCCGUCGAACCACUGUUGACUCACUAUUUGGACGAAGCAUGGCAAAAAAUUCUGCAAGAACGAGAACUCCUUCAGUAUUCCAUGCAGUCGCUGUUGAUUGACCCGCUGCAGAAAUUGUACGACAUGGAUAUUAAAGCAGCCGACGCCAAACGAAAGCAAUUUGAGGAGGAAAGCAAGGAUUACUAUGCAUGCCUAGCAAAAUAUUUAAGCAUCAAAACAGACUCUACCAAGGAGAAAAAACGCACAGAAUACGAAGCCAAGUACUUUGCCAAAAGGAGUCAUUUCGAUCUGAUACGUUUCGAUUACUAUGCUUUUUUGACCGAUCUCCAUGGCGGCAAGAAGGAUCAAGAAGUCUUGUAUCACCUACUCACCCACCAACAGCGAGAAUAUACCUUUUACGAUUCCAUUGCACGGUGCCUUCAACCUUUAAAGUCAGGAUUAGAUGAGCUCGGUGCUAUUAUGCAGGAAGCGUCGCGGGAACAAGCCCAAGUGAACAAAGAGAGAUACGAAAAGCGGAAGAUGUUGGAAGGUAAAUACACGAAAAGCGAAGCGGAAGCAUCGGCAGUGAUGGCAGGACAAACGCCGGUGUCUGAACCGCGGUCGAGUUUCUCGUUUACAAGAGAUGCGCCCCGAGAACCUUCUAUCAACACUCCAGGGACUACGUUGGAAGGCAGUCAGAAUCCGGCUUUGGCAACACCGUCAAAUGUGGGUCUAGGAAUUCUCAAUAACAGUAGUCCGUCCGAGGCUCCUCCGUCAGAAGAUAAAUUUCGUGGUAUCCGGGACCUGGAGCAACAAGAUCGCGAUCUAUUGCAAAUAGCUGGUCGAAGAAAAGAAGGGUUUUUAUUCUCGACCUCCAAACCUUCAAAAAAUCAUGCUUUUGAUUUGACGGCCAAUGUGGCAUGGCACAAGUACUGGUGCGUGUUGAGCGCUGGUCAGCUUCAUGAAUACAGUAACUGGAAGAAACAGCUCGAAACCCAUAUUGAACCUAUCAACCUUCGCUUUGCUACGGUACGGGAGGCACGAAACGCCGAACGCCGGUUCUGCUUUGAGGUCAUUACCCCGAACAUCCGCCGCAUCUAUCAAGCCACAUCACAGGAAGAAAUGUACAGUUGGAUAGCGACAAUCAACAACGCCAUCGAAAGUCUACUGAAUGGUAUGAGCAGCUUGGUGGAAUUCGGUCAAGUCGACAGCACCCUACCCUCUGGAUAUGAAGAAAAUGCACUAUUUCAAGGACGAUCACGACGAAUAUCUGGACGUCCUCUGAGUGGGGCUUUGAGCGGGUUGACGGCGGGAGCCAACGCUGCAAAGGAAAAAUACUUGAGAAAGAAAAGCCAACCUGUUUCAUCUCCUCCUGCGGCACCGUCCAGUGAAUUAUCAGAGCAAUGGCCUUCAAAUCAUGCUGCAUAUACCAAAGGCGAAGUUUUAUCGUCACCGUCCGAAAGUCCGGUUGUGCCUCCGCGAAGUGAUGAGGUCUUAACGCAAACGCUUACCGAAAUACGGCAAGAUCCUUCCAAUGCAUUCUGCGCAGACUGUAAUGCAUCCAAUCCAGAAUGGUGUUCAAUCAAUUUGGGGAUUCUUUUGUGUAUAGAAUGCUCUGGUAUUCACCGAAGUUUGGGCACCCACAUUUCCAAAGUGCGAUCACUGACUUUGGACAGUGCCUCCUAUACUGCUGACCUACUCGAACUACUGCGCUCGCUCGGUAAUGCUCGCUCCAAUGAAAUAUGGGAUCCGCAUGGCAAAGAAAAGCCGACAGCCAAUGACAUGCGCAACAUCAAAUUGAAAUAUAUCCAAGAUAAAUAUGUCCAGCGAGCCUUUGUGAAGCCGUGUAGCAGAAACUGCGUUGAUCUACUGUUUGAAGCAGUAGAGCAAGAUGACAUUCCCGGAGCCCUGUAUGCGGUAGCGCUCGGUGUUGACGUGAACGUCAGACGUCGAGAUUCAGCUGUAGUGACCCCAGAAGAAAAGAGCCCCUUGUCAAAAGAGGAUGCACGGCCUUGCGGAAAUACCUUGGAAUUGCCUCGAUUGGAUGUUUCGGGAAACCCGAUCUUGGGCAGAACGAUUGCUAUUCCCAUUCCCGAACAGAUACCCAGUGGACGUAGUCAGGAAUACCAGUCAAUGCACUAUGCUCUCUUCUUUGCGCUUUUGCACUGUCGGUACCAGGAUGGACAUAAAAUAUUCCCAAUGGCGGAAUUUCUCUUCCAGAAUGGUGCCGAUGCCAGCUUUAUGGACCCUAUCUCUGGCGUCACACUUACCGAGUCGAUCGCAAUGGGAAAUGCCGUCGAUGACGACGCGCUGGCCUAUUUGAACUUUAAGAACAGCGCACGAGGCCAUUCGGCUAUAUCACGUUCUAACAAUGUUGCCCCGGUGCCUCAGCCGUUACGACACCAUAAAAGUAGAAAUUACUCUGUCGGAUAAAAAUGCUAUCAUCAUCCCAAUCCUUAUCCUCAUCUCAUUCUCACCAAACCAUAACUUCGUUGCUGACAGAUUACUGC